AUGUCCAACCAACAGCUCAUUCCGAUAAUGCGAGAAGAUGAACAGCUCACUCCGAUAAUGCGAGAAGAUGAACACCGCAACAUCUUUGACGACGUCGUUGCAGAAAAGUAUGCGUUCCAAUUUGUUGGCACUACAAACUCUACACAGGGGCAUACAACGACCGCAAAAUCAGUUACAGCCAAGGAAUACGCGACUCAGUUUCUAGGAGAUGCGUCCGAAGUUACAAUCCAGCAAAUUUCAAAGGACCGCAGCGAAAUCAUAAAGAAACAGCCUCCCCAUCACCAAAAGACAAACCCUUUCGACGGGCCCGGUCGCACGCUUCAGAAAUAG